AUACAAUUUAAAGAAUAAACAAUGUAAGGGUAUGAAAAUUACGGCGUUAAUACGUUAUCGAAAUUGGCAGUAGUGCCCGGAGGAGUUACACACGAACUUCCGGGAGGCACCAGGACUGCUCGCGCACGGGGGCCAGCGCCAGGUGCGCGAAGGCGUCGCGCGGCGCGUUUUCUGCCACACCCUCACUUGUAUGAGCUCGCGCCGCGGCUCCGCCACAUCUACCCCACCUGAACUGCAGCAACGGGACGAGAGGCCACCAUGGCCGGGCGCGGACAGUCCAGGAGGGCCGAGGGAGGCGGCCGCGGAGCCCUUCGGCGCCCCGAGAAAGAGCAGAGCUGGAUACCAAAAAUGAUCAAGAAGAGAGUGUGUACAACUUUUGUUGAGGACUCGUUUAGCAACGGGGCUCUGUGUCAGUGUGGGGCACCACAGGAAAUGCAUACCCGCGUGGCCAUGGAGGACUGCUUCGGGACGGCCAUCGUGAACCAGUGGGACAGCGCCCAGCACUCGUCGGAAUAUCCGACAGAUGCCUUUGGAGCGCUGCAGUUCGCCGGAACGUCUAAGAGACAGAGUCGCUUCCUACGCCUCUCCUGUGACACCCAGCCAGAUGUUGUGUACAAACUGCUGACCACAGACUGGGCCAUUCCUCGCCCCAACUUGGUAGUGUCUGUGGCAGGAGGAGAGGGCAAGAUGAAACUGAAGAGCUGGGUUCGAGACGUGCUCAGGCAGGGGCUCGUGAGGGCUGCGCAGAGUACAGGAGCCUGGAUACUGACAGGCGGGCUAAGAGAGGGUGUGGGACGGUGUGUGGGGGAGGCGGUUAAGGACCACAAAGCUGCGGCCUCCUCAUUCUCUUGCUCCACGGUCAUCGCCCUGGGCAUCGCUCCCUGGGGCAUGGUGCAGAACAGAGAACAGCUGGUCAACCCGAAGGGUAGCUUUCCGGCCAAGUACUAUGUUCCGAACACCUCGCGUGACUCCCACAGCCUGGACGGCAACUACGAGGCCUUCCUGCUGGUGGACGAUGGCACUGUAGGGCGAAGCGGUGGGGAGGCAGCCUUCAGGGCCUCCUUGGAGGACUUCAUUUCCCACCAGAGAACCGGCAUCUGGGGCAGCGGAAGCAUCGAGAUCCCCGUUCUGUGCAUGCUCAUAGCGGGCAACGCCAACAUGCUGAAGCGUAUGGACCUGUCUCUGCGCACCUCCAUACCUUGGUUGGUCCUGGAGGGGUCAGGGGGUGCGGCCGACUUCAUCUGCGACCUUCUUGAAGACUUUUCCUCCUCGUCCUCGGGUCCUCCGUGCGCCGAAGCGGCGGGCCAGGUGCCCAGCCAUGACCUGCAAGAGCACAUCAGAGAUCUGGUGAAGAAGUACUUCUCCCCAGGUGCAGAGGGGAAGAUGGAGAAGCUCACUGAGAGGGCCUUCAGUAUCUAUCAGAAAAGGGACCUGGUCACUAUCUACCACGAAGAGCAGGAGGGACCCGAUGAUUUUGACACAGUUCUUCUCAGAGUCCUUGUCAGAGCUCGUAAGUACAAGCAGACCCAGGAGGCGAGUCCGCACACGGAGGAGCUGAAGCUUGCCGUCACCUGGAACAGAGUGGACAUUGCCAAGAGCGAGCUCUUCAAUGGCGACAUUCAGUGGAAGUAUGACGACCUAAAGGACUCCUUCACUGAUGCCCUGCUGAAUGACAAGCCCCAGUUCGUGCGCCUCUUCACGGAGAAUGGUCUGAAUAUCAUAAACUACCUGACGUACGGCAGGCUGGAGGCGCUCUACAGCUCCGUGUCCGACAACUCGGUGGCCUGCGCACUGCUGCAGCGGCGCCUGAACGAGCGCCAGGAGAGCGGCGGCUCCGCCUCCUCCCUCCAAAUGGCCCGCAGCCUUACUGCCGAGGGCAUGGAGGACGCCCUGUCUGGAUGCCGCGCCUUCACCUUGUACGAGGUGUCGCGGGUGUUGUCCGAUAUAUUGGGUGAUGUGUGCCAACCGUUUUAUUAUGACCCCCUGGAGCUGGACAAGGACAUAAGCACAAGAAGGGCUCUCAAGAAAGUGAACAAGUUUCUGAAGGGGAGGUGUAAAUACCGAGAGGAGAGCUGUCCGUCUCCUUGGGCCGCCCUCUUCAUCUGGGCUGUGUUGCAGAACCGCCGAGAAAUGGCCACCUUCUUCUGGGAGAUGGUAAGUCCGGCACAGGUCGCUGGGGUUGGCGGGGGUGCAAGUUGGCCUGGAUCAUCUCAGGGCCCAGUGCAGCUGUCGUACACAGGAUCGAAGCACUCAUGUCGUAAGUACGCUGUUCAGUCAUUGUACUCUGAAGGUUGGCAGUGUGUUGCACGGCCGGGCCCCUCCCAGCCCUGUGGCCCUGUGGCAGGGGCCUCGCUCCUCACCCUUGCUCCAUCCUACCAGGCAGAGGAGUCGGUUCUCAGUGCCCUCGGUGCCUGUAAGAUACUGAGGGAGCUCUCCAGGCUGGAGGAGGACACUGAGACUGAGUGCUCAAUGGAGGAACUGGCGAGUAAAUUCGAGAGCUUGGCGCACGAUGUGUACCGCAAGUGCUACGAGAGCAGUGAGUGCCGCUCCUUCACGCUUCUCAUCACCAAGUCCACGGUAUGGGGUGGCGCCACCUGUCUCCAGAUGGCCAGCGCUGCGGACGCACGUCUCUUCUUCAGCAACGACGGCGUGCAGUCCCUGCUCUCCCAGAUCUGGUGGGGAGACAUGGAGAGCAACACUCAAAUAUGGAAACUCUUCCUUGCAAUUUUCUUCCCCCCCCUCAUUUACAGCACAUUCGUCUCCUUCCGGAAGGAGCAGGAAGAGGAGGUGAAGAAUGAGGACGUUCCCCCUGAUAACCCCUGUGACAAUUUUUAUGGAGAGACCAUCUUCUCUUUGAAAGACAUUAAACCCAGCGAACAAGAAGAGAUUGAAUACAAUGUGCUGAGAAGUUCACCUAACGCGCCGGCGCCCACAAGCCGUAAAUGCCCGUUCCUGGUGUCCCGAUGGAGGCAGUUCUGGAUCGCCCCGGUCACGGUCUUCUUCGUCAACGUGCUGAUGUACUUCCUCUUCCUCUUCCUGUUUGCCUUUGUGCUACUGGUCGACUUCAAGCCGCCUCCGCCGUUCGGCCCCGCCCCUACGGAGCUGGUGCUGUAUUUCUGGGCCUUCACCCUGGUCUGCGAGGAGAUCCGGCAGACUUUAUUUAUUUCUAACAAGUCCAUGUCUCGGAGAAUGAAGACCUAUAUCCAGGAUGUGUGGAACAAGUGUGACCUCACAGCGCUCUUGCUUUUCGUCAUCGCCCUCGUCUGCAGGAUGUUUGAGGAGUCUUACCAGGUCGGUCGCGCCAUCCUGUCCCUCGAUUUCCUCGUGUUUACUUUGAGGCUCAUCCACAUCUUCGCCAUCCACAAGCAGAUGGGCCCCAAGAUUAUUAUAGUGGGCAAGAUGGUCAAGGAUGUCUUCUUCUUCCUUUUCUUCUUGGCGGUGUGGCUUCUGGCUUACGGAGUCACCAACCAGGCCCUGCUGUACUCGUACGACCAUCGCCCCUACUGGGUUCUGCGGCGCAUUUUCUACAGGCCGUACCUCUACAUAUUCGGACAGAUACCCUUGAACGACAUAGACGUGGCAAAGGCGGACGCGGGGAACUGCACGAACAACGUGACGCUGAUCCACGCCGGGUACGAGCCCUGCAUGAACAUGUAUACUAACUGGCUGGUGAUCGUGCUGCUCGUCGUGUACCUGCUGGUCACCAACAUCCUGCUGAUCAACCUGCUCAUCGCUAUGUUCAGCCACACGUUCUCCAAGGUCCAAGAGAACAGCGACAUCUAUUGGAAGUACCAGCGCUACAAGCUAAUAGUGGAGUACCACUCGCGGCCCUCGCUCCCGCCGCCCUUCAUCCUCCUGUCCCACCUUCACCUCUUCAUCAAAAAGAAGAUCCGCAAGAUUCCCUCCAUUAAAGACUAUCGCUUCGCGCUGGAGCUGAGCAGCAGGAAGGUCAACAGGCUGACCACGUGGGAGGCCAUCCAGAAGGAGUGCUUCCUGACGGCCCAGAACAGGAUCCAGAGACAGAGUGACACGGAGCGGCUCAAGCGUACCUCCUCCAAGGUGGACAAUGUUCUGAAACAGAUGGCUGAGAUUCGAGAUAAUGAUCGUAGACUCAAAGUGUUGGAAUCAGAGUUGGCAUAUUGCACCAGCGUCCUCUCCUGGAUGGUGGAGGCGGUUUCCCAGAGCAACGCAGUGCAGGUCACACGGCCUCCUCCGGUCUUGAAAGAACCAUCUCCUGCCCCUCAGAGUUGAUGCCAUGUGAGAUCAAAAGGGAAGCAAAACGGACGGGAAAAACGGAAAAGGACAUGUCUCUCAUGUGUGCUUGUUAAAGCCUUUCCAUGAAUGACGUGGCCUUUCCGAAAGUGUCCAGUUGUCUGUGGUACGAUGGACACUGGAUGCACUGGUCCUGGUCCUUACUGCACUUAUGGAACAUUUGGGUAGAAACGGGGGUUGUUACUGGUGCUUUAAAGGGAUACCUUGGAUGCAUAUGUUGUAACUGUACUAAAGGCAGUUCAGUGCGGUGCACUUAUGUACUAUAGAACCAACUAGUAUGUGUGACCUUAUGUUUCUUAAGUAGGAACUUUAGGGUUGAACUAGAGGGAAAGUUCUACAGUGUUUUCUGCAUACAGCUCUGCCUCUUUGUGUACAGCUGUAAUUUUUAGCUUUCAUUUUCCUCCUCUUGUUGUCAAAGUGUCUAUAUAUAAAGCAAAUGUGUGCCGUGUAAUCUGCUUAGUGCCCGAAAAACGUGCAGUGUGUUCUGGACCCUGUAUCUGCUGCAGACCCCCUGAAAGGAGAGCGGACUCUUCGUCUACAACUGUAUCGGGCCGUAAACCCUGGAAUGUCCAUUUGGGGCUAAGGUGUCCAGACUGUUCAAAAACCAUAAAACCCAGAGUAGAAAAUCUUACCUGGAUGAGGGUAGGUUGAAAUAAACAAGUGGCUUAAACCAACCAGUCAUGUAACCCCUACUUAGUAUGUAACGUGUUGGAUGUCGGACGUGAGCCGGAGUAGCGUUCGGAACCCGGCCACC